AUGUCUCAGCUCGAUCUCAUUCGAAUCGAAAAUUCAAUCAAUAAAGGGCCCCUUUCAAAAAAUUGCCCCCGUAAGAUUAUAAUUCAAGAAAUCCAUGACAAAAUUUCGAUUGGACGCAUGAAUUUGAACGAUCCGCCUCACAUUCCAAUAGAGAGCCAUGAUUCAAUAGAUAUUAUUGCCGAAAAGCAUGCAGAGAUACGAAAAAUUUUUGGCCAAAAUUUUGUAGUCUACGACCUGAGCACUACUGGAACUUAUGUCAAUUCCAAACGUGUGAAAAAAUAUGCGGUUCUGAAAUCGAAGGACAUUCUAGCAUUUGGAAAACCUCUCACCCCUUCAACUACCUCGGGAAUACCAACCAACUCGCCUCUUCCGUGUCCAGUAUUCGAGGUAAAAAUCGGAAGCUCCUUGCAAAAGAAGGAUCAAAAUAUUGGUUUCCAUUCCGGUAGCUUGGAUGAGCUACCCUGGUUGGAUGAUCGUAUGUGCGACCUUCUUUUUGACAAGACUUCGGAAGUCAUAUCAGAGAACAUUGCCAUCACAAACUUGUACCAACAGUCAAGAUCUAAAUUAGAGGCAAUCUCCAAAUGGAAAGAAAGUUGGAUCAAUAUUUAUCUCUUCAUUCCCGAUGGAAUCGGUCCCGCUAAGCGUGUUAAUGCACUUGGAAGCUCCCUGAAUGACCUCUUGGAAGUGUUAGACAAAAGGCCACACGUCCCAGUUAUUCAAUACCACUACUUCAAUGCGUCUGAUUUAUCUGAAAAUAAAGCUGACACAAUGUUUACCCUAAAAAAUAUAAUCAUGCCGUUGUUCCAGAACUUUGAACCCAGGGAAAGUGUGCUGGAUUGUAUGGUAUUCUUUGUGGAUCUAGAGGCAUCAUUUGAACACGCAAUAAAGUACAUAAUUGACUUCGUGAAUUAUGAACAAGCCCUAUUAAUUGUCCUUAUUCAUGAUGUUCGCUCAGCUUUCAAGACUAAAACGGAGUGUAUUUUGGAAUUUCUGCGACGAUUAGGUGGUUACUAUAAAUCUGGUUUUAUAUGGACACAUGGAAAAUGGAGAAUUUGGUGUGUCGACCGCGGAUGUGAUGAAAGCAUCGACCUUCGGGACAUGCCCCUUUGGUCACCUGAAAGGACUUCUCCAGAAAUGUUUUAA